GGAAGAAUAUUGGUCUUUGUAAUGGGAAAAUGAACGCUAUGUCUGGGGAAGAACUGGAAAGCAUCGAUGACUUGACGCUGUCUUCAAGAGUCAAAAAUGUUUCCAUCUUCUUCCGAACAAGCCCCAAACACAAAGUUAAAAUAAUAAAGGUACCCUUUAGACUAUAAAGUGCCAUAAUUUUUUCUCUUCCUUGCAAUGAUUCUGCUUCUUGGUGAUCUCCCCCUUAAGGUAUGAAUUAACUGCUGACUGUAAAAUUAAGAUUCUUCGUUUUUCUUGCAUCUCAUUCUGGGAAUAAUGAUCUAUUGCUUGCUAUGCUGACAAAUCAGGAGGAAGGGACCGACUUCUGCCGAGCUAUUCCGAUAGUGAAGAAAGAAAUAAUUCCAAAGUAGGAUGUACUUUUUUUUGUAUCACUGACUAAAUUUAAGACUGCAUCGUUCAGCAGUGACAAAACCAGACUGUUGCCCUUUAGUUCAGCAAAGGAAACUUCCAACUCUCUUCUGCUUCCUUAAGUAGCGAAUUAACAACAAACUGCAGGAAAAAAAAUAGACUGAACUUGUUAGUAAAAAUUCACUGUGGCCUUGAUCGAAUUAUGACUGUUUUCUUUGCCCGUUGGCUGCACCAAGGUGCAAGUAACUUUCAUUUGUUGUUGAUUUGAGACUUGUGAGUUAAAAACGAGCAGUUAAUUAGCUCAAAAAAAACUCCCAACAGCUAAUCCACAAUCACCUUGUUCCAGUUUAGGACAAUCAUGAAGGGACGAUCAGAUAAUCAUUUAAAUAGACCUGGAUAUAAACACCCAUUUGGCUAACGUGGGAUUAAAGCAUCAAUAUGAACAUGGUUUGAUUUGAGUCUAGCAAUUAUCUCUGCGCAAACAUUUAUCCGUGGGUUUAUGGGCAAAGUAAUCUCUGAUGAAGAGAUUUCAUUAGAUCACAAAUCUUAACUUUUUUUUAAUUGGAAGAAUUAAUGCUUACGGUGUCUAACAGCCCACUUAACAUCUGUGUAAGUUUCAGCAUCAAUAACCUAAGAUCCCUACUCUGAACGUUUAGCUCUUUUCUCGAUGUUGAAUGUCCUUGACUUAUGACCACUGUUUAACAACCGUUCAAACGUUACGACAGGACUGGAAAAAAAUGAUUUAUGACCGAUCUUCUCACUUACAACUAUUGGGAGUGUCCUGGGGUCAUAUGAUCACCCUGGGGCUCUUGCCAAACGAAAUCAAUUGGGGAGGGGGCCGUAGCCGGAUUCACUUCAUGACUUAAUGUGAUUCGUUUAAUGAGCACAGCAGGAAUAGCAAUAGCAAUAGCAAUAGCAGUUAGACUUAUAUACCGCUUCAUAGGGCUUCCAGCCC